CUCCUGUGAGGUUUGCAACGGAGCCAGAUUUUUACCUGAACUAAUUAUCCUCCUGAGCGCCGUGACAGCCGAAAAACUCGUGUAAUGACAGACAUUCUGCAUGGGCUGAAUAGCAGAUAAGGGUAUGUGAUAUUAACAAGAGCGCGCAGAUAGAGCCAUGGUGAUCCUGUCGGGCACAGCCACGGUGCUGCAGCAGUUUAUUAGCGGCCUGAAGAGUCGGAACGAAGAUACCAGAGCAAAAUCUGCCAAAGACCUGCAGCACUAUGUGACCACGGAGCUCAGAGAGUUGAGUCAAGAUGAAGCCACUACGUUCUACGAUGAGUUAAACCACCACAUAUUCGAGCUGGUAUCCAGCUCGGACGUGAAUGAGAAGAAAGGGGGCAUUCUGGCCAUAGUGAGCCUAAUUGGCGUGGAGGGGGGAAAUGCCACCAGGAUAAGCCGGUUUGCCAACUACCUCCGUAACCUGCUCCCCUCCAGCGACCCUGUGGUGAUGGAGAUGGCCUCCAAAGCCAUGGGCCACUUAUCCAUGGCUGGAGACACAUUUACUGCCGAGUAUGUGGAGUUCGAGGUGAAGAGGGCCCUGGAGUGGCUGGGAGCCGACAGGAACGAGGGCAGACGCCAUGCAGCGGUGUUGGUUUUGAGGGAGCUGGCUGUGAGCGCACCCACCUUCUUUUUCCAGCAAGUGCAGCCCUUCUUCGACAACAUCUUUUAUGCAGUGUGGGACCCGAAGCAGGCCAUCCGUGAAGGAGCGGUGUCCGCGCUGCGAGCCUGCCUCAUCCUCACCACGCAGAGGGAGACCAAAGAAAUGCAGAAACCACAGUGGUACAAGCAAACCUUUGAGGAGGCAGAGAAAGGCUUCGAUGAGACUCUGGCCAAGGAGAAGGGGAUGAAUCGCGACGACAGGGUCCACGGCGCUCUUCUGAUACUAAACGAGCUGGUUCGCAUCAGCAGUAUGGAGGGAGAGCGCAUGCGUGAGGAGAUGGAGGAGAUCACGCAGCAGCAGCUGGUGCACGACCGCUACUGCAAGGAGCUGAUGGGCUUCGGAACCAAACCCCGUCACAUCACGCCCUUCACCAGCUUCCAGUCGGUGCAGCCGCAGCAGGCCAACGCCCUGCUGGGUCUGCUGGGCUACAGCACGCCUCAGGGCUUCCUCAGCUUCGGGGCCACGCCGGCCCCGGCCAAGAGCUCGCUGGUGGAGAGCCGCUACUGCCGCGAGCUGAUGGAGGAGCGCUUCGACCAGGUGUGCCGGUGGGUCCUGAAAUAUAAAGCCAGUAAAAACCCUCUGAUCCAGAUGACCAUCCUCAACCUGCUCCCACGUUUAGCUGCCUUCCAGCCGCACACGUUCACAGACCAGUACUUGUCAGACACCAUGGGGUACCUGCUCGGCUGUCUGAAGAAGGAGAAGGAGAGGACGGCGGCCUUCCAGGCCUUGGGGCUGCUGGUGGUGGCUGUCCGAGCGGAAAUCCAGCCGUACCUCACCAAGAUCCUCGAAAUCAUCAAAGCUGCUCUGCCACCCAAGGACUUCGCACACAAGAGGCAGAAAACCAUCCAGGUGGAUGCGACCGUGUUCACCUGCAUCAGCAUGCUGUCUCGGGCCAUGGGUCCCAGCAUCCAGCCGGACAUCAAGGAGCUGCUGGAGCCCAUGCUGGCUGUGGGCCUCAGCCCUGCGCUAACGGCGGUGCUGUACGAUCUGAGCCGUCAAAUCCCCCAGCUGAAAAAGGACAUCCAGGAUGGUCUGCUGAAGAUGCUCUCCCUGGUGUUGAUGCACAAGCCGCUGCGACACCCCGGCAUGCCCAAAGGCCUCGCGCACCAACUGGCCUCGCCGAGUCUCACGAACAUCCCCGAGGCCAGCGACGUCGGCAGCAUCACCCUGGCCCUGCGCACUCUGGGAAGCUUUGAGUUUGAAGGACACUCCCUGACCCAGUUCGUGCGGCACUGCGCGGAUCAUUUUCUGAACAGCGAACACAAGGAAAUCCGGAUGGAGGCGGCCCGGACCUGCUCCCGCCUCCUCACCCCCUCCAUUCAUCUGAUCAGCGGCCACGUUGUGAGCCAGACCGCCGUGCAGGUGGUUGCAGACGUGCUCAGCAAGCUGCUAGUCGUGGGCAUCACCGACCCAGAUCCAGAUAUCCGGUACUGCGUCCUGGCUUCCCUCGAUGAGCGUUUCGAUGCACACCUGGCCCAGGCCGAGAACCUGCAGGCGCUGUUUGUUGCACUGAACGAUGAAGUGUUUGAGAUCAGAGAGCUGGCCAUCUGCACCAUCGGACGGCUCAGCAGCAUGAACCCGGCCUUCGUCAUGCCCUUCCUGCGCAAAAUGCUAAUCCAGAUCUUAACAGAGCUGGAGCACAGUGGUGUCGGCAGGAACAAGGAGCAAAGUGCUCGCAUGCUCGGCCACCUGGUCUCCAACGCCCCCCGCCUGAUACGACCGUAUAUGGAGCCCAUCCUCAAGGCUCUCAUUCUCAAGCUGAAGGACCCCGACCCCAAUCCAGGGGUGGUGAUCAGUGUCCUCGCAACUAUUGGGGAGUUGGCUCAAGUGAGUGGUCUUGAGAUGAGGAAGUGGAUGGACGAGCUUUUUCCAAUCAUCAUGGACAUGCUGCAGGACUCUUCAUCGCUGGCCAAACGUCAGGUGGCGCUGUGGACCCUCGGUCAGCAGGUGGCCAGUACGGGCUAUGUGGUGGAACCCUACCGCAAGUACCCGUCACUUCUCGAGGUGCUGCUGAACUUCCUCAAGACUGAGCAAAACCAGGGCAUCAGGAGAGAGGCCAUCCGUGUUCUGGGCCUCCUCGGCGCUCUGGAUCCCUACAAGCACAAGGUGAACAUCGGCAUGAUCGACCAAUCCCGCGACGCGUCCGCCGUCAGCCUCUCCGAGUCCAAGUCCAGCCAGGACUCAGCGGACUACAGCACCAGUGAGAUGCUGGUGAACAUGGGCAACCUGCCCCUGGACGAGUUUUACCCCGCGGUGGCGAUCGUGACCUUGAUGCGUAUCCUGCGAGACCCGUCGCUCUCCAACCACCACACCAUGGUGGUGCAGGCCGUCACCUUCAUCUUCAAGUCUCUGGGCCUGAAGUGCGUCCAGUUCCUCCCGCAGGUCAUGCCCACCUUCCUCAACGUGAUCCGGGUCUGUGACGCCAGCAUCCGGGAGUUCCUCUUCCAGCAGAUGGGGAUGGUGGUGUGCUUCGUGAAGAUUCACAUCCGCCCCUACAUGGAUGACAUCUUCACCCUUAUCAGAGAGUACUGGACCCCCAACAACCCCAUGCAGAACACCAUCAUCCUCCUGAUCGAGCAGAUCGUGGUGGCGCUCGGCGGAGAGUUCAAGCUCUACCUGCCUCAGCUCAUCCCGCACAUGCUGCGCGUCUUCAUGCACGAUAACAGCACCGGGCGCAGCGUUACCAUAAAGCUGCUCAACGCCAUCCAGCUGUUUGGUGCCAACCUGGACGACUACCUGCACUUGCUGCUGCCUCCCAUCGUGAAGCUGUUCGACGCCCCCGACGUCCCGCUUCAGGCUCGCAAGGUUGCCUUGGAGACGCUGGACCGGCUGACGGAGUCCCUGGACUUCACGGACUACGCGUCCCGGAUCAUCCACCCCAUCGUCCGGGCGCUGGACAGCACGCCGGAGCUGCGCUCCACCGCCAUGGACACCCUGUCCUCGCUGGUGUUCCAGUUGGGGAAGAAGUACCAGAUAUUCAUCCCCAUGGUGAACAAAGUCAUGCUGAAGCACAGGAUCAACCACCAGCGUUACGACAUACUUAUAUGUCGCAUUGUUAAAGGCUACACUCUGGCAGAAGAAGAAGAGGACCCUCUAAUCUUCCAGCAUCGCCAGCUCCGCGGUAACCAAGGCGACCCCCUGGUCAGCGGGCCGGUGGAGCCCGGCCCCAUGAAGAAGCUUCACGUCAGCACCACCGCACUCCAGAAGGCUUGGGGCGCCGCCAGGAAGGUGUCCAAAGACGACUGGCUGGAGUGGCUGAGGCGCUUGAGCGUCGUCCUCCUCAAGGAGUCGUCGUCUCCGGCCCUGCGAUCGUGCUGGUCGCUGGCACAGACCUACAUCCCUCUUGCGAGAGACCUCUUUAACGCGGCCUUCCUGUCCUGCUGGUCCGAGCUGAGUGAAGACCAGCAGGACGAGCUCAUCCGCAGCAUCGAACUGGCUCUCACCUCUCAAGACAUCGCUGAGGUCACGCAGACGCUGCUGAACUUGGCCGAGUUCAUGGAGCACAGCGACAAGGGCCCUCUACCCCUGAGGGACGAUAAUGGCAUCGUGCUGCUCGGCGAGAGAGCUGCCAAGUGUCGUGCCUAUGCCAAGGCGCUGCAUUACAAAGAGCUGGAGUUUCAGAAAGGCCCCUCUCCGCUCAUUUUGGAGUCUCUUAUCAGCAUCAACAAUAAACUGCAGCAGCCGGAAGCAGCAUCAGGGGUGUUGGAAUAUGCCAUGAAACAUUUUGGUGAACUGGAAAUCCAAGCCACCUGGUAUGAGAAGCUGCAUGAGUGGGAGGAUGCCCUGGUGGCGUACGACAAGAAGAUCGACAUGAACAAAGAGGAUCCAGAGCUCAUUCUCGGCAGGAUGCGCUGCUUGGAGGCCCUGGGAGAAUGGGGCCAGCUGCACCAGCAGUGCUGUGAAGAGUGGACGCUGGUGAGUGAAGAAACCCAGGCCAAGAUGGCUCGCAUGGCUGCCGCAGCUGCCUGGGGUCUAGGACACUGGGACAGCAUGGAGGAGUACACGUGCAUGAUCCCGAGAGACACGCACGACGGGGCUUUUUAUAGGGCGGUGCUAGCGCUGCAUCAGGACCUAUUCUCGUUGGCCCAGCAGUGUAUCGACAAAGCAAGAGACCUCCUGGAUGCUGAGCUGACGGCCAUGGCAGGAGAGAGCUACAGUCGAGCCUAUGGGGCCAUGGUGUCCUGCCAGAUGCUGUCGGAGCUGGAGGAAGUCAUCCAGUACAAACUGGUGCCAGAGAGGAGGGACAUCAUCAGGGAAACAUGGUGGGAGAGGCUUCAGGGUUGUCAGCGUAUCGUGGAGGACUGGCAGAGGAUCCUGAUGGUGCGAUCGCUGGUCAUCAGCCCCCACGAGGACAUGAGGACCUGGCUGAAGUACGCCAGCCUCUGCGGCAAGAGCGGACGCCUGGCACUUGCUCAUAAGACCCUGGUGCUUCUUCUGGGCGUCGACCCGUCCAAGCAGCUCGACCACCCUCUGCCUAUAACCCACCCACACGUCACGUACGCGUACAUGAAGUACAUGUGGAAAAGUGCCCGCAAGAUCGAUGCCUUCCAGCACAUGCAGCACUUUGUUUCGGGGGUGCAGCAGCAAGCGCAGCACGCCAUCGCCGCCGAGGAUCAUCAGCGCAAGCAGGAGCUCCACAAGCUGAUGGCCAGAUGUUUCCUGAAGCUGGGCGAGUGGCAGCUCAGCCUGCAGGGCAUCAACGAGAGCACCAUCCCCAAAGUUCUGCAGUAUUACAGCAACUCCACCGAACACGACCGCAACUGGUACAAGGCCUGGCACGCCUGGGCCGUGAUGAACUUCGAGGCCGUGCUGCACUACAAGCACCAGAACCAGGGCCGCGACGAGAAGAAGAAGCUGCGGCACGCCAGCGGCGCCAGCGCCAACAGCGAGGCCAGCAACAGCGACAGCGAGGUGGACAGCACCGACCACAGUCCCGUGCCCUCGCCGGGCCAGAAGAAGUUCAACGAGGACCUCUCCAAGACGCUGCUGCUGUACACCGUACCCGCCGUUCAGGGUUUCUUCCGCUCCAUAUCCCUCUCCAGAGGAAACAACCUGCAGGACACGCUGAGGGUUCUGACUCUGUGGUUUGAUUACGGUCACUGGCCCGAAGUGAACGAAGCCUUGGUGGAGGGCAUCAAGACCAUUCAGAUAGACACGUGGCUGCAGGUGAUCCCUCAGCUCAUAGCUCGCAUCGACACCCCUCGGGCCCUGGUGGGCCGCCUCAUCCACCAGCUGCUGACUGACAUCGGCCGGUAUCAUCCGCAGGCUUUGAUCUACCCACUAACCGUGGCCUCCAAGUCCACCACCACCGCCCGCCAUAACGCCGCCAACAAGAUCCUGAAGAACAUGUGUGAACACUGCAACACUCUGGUCCAACAAGCCAUGAUGGUGAGCGAGGAGCUGAUCCGAGUGGCUAUCCUGUGGCACGAGAUGUGGCACGAAGGCCUCGAGGAAGCGUCCCGCCUUUACUUCGGUGAGCGCAACGUGAAGGGCAUGUUCGCUGUGCUGGAACCGCUGCACGCCAUGAUGGAGCGCGGACCACAGACCCUCAAAGAGACCUCUUUCAACCAGGCUUAUGGCAGGGAUUUGAUGGAGGCUCAGGACUGGUGCAGGAAGUACAUGCGCUCUGGGAAUGUGAAGGAUCUGACUCAAGCCUGGGAUCUCUACUACCACGUGUUCAGACGCAUCUCCAAGCAGCUGCCGCAGCUGACCUCCCUGGAGCUGCAGUACGUUUCUCCGAAGCUGCUGAUGUGCCGGGACCUGGAGCUCGCCGUGCCCGGCACUUAUGACCCCAACCAGCCCAUUAUCCGCAUCCAGUCCAUCGCCCCCUCCCUGCAGGUCAUCACCUCCAAGCAGCGCCCACGCAAACUCACCAUCAUGGGUAGUAACGGCCACGAGUUCAUGUUCCUGCUGAAGGGCCACGAGGACCUGCGGCAGGAUGAGAGAGUCAUGCAGCUGUUUGGUUUGGUCAACACUCUGCUGGCCAACGACCCUGCGUCCUUGCGCAAGAACCUCAGCAUUCAGCGCUACGCCGUGAUCCCGCUGUCCACCAACUCGGGCCUGAUCGGCUGGGUGCCCCACUGCGACACCCUGCACGCCCUCAUCCGGGACUACAGGGAGAAGAAAAAGAUUCUGCUCAACAUCGAACAUCGCAUCAUGCUCAGGAUGGCGCCGGACUACGACCACCUGACGCUGAUGGAGAAGGUGGAGGUGUUUGAACACGCCGUCAACAACACGGCCGGAGACGACCUGGCCAAGCUGCUGUGGCUGAAGAGCCCCAGCUCCGAGGUGUGGUUUGACAGGAGGACCAACUACACCCGCUCCCUGGCCGUCAUGUCCAUGGUGGGCUACAUCCUGGGCCUGGGCGACAGGCAUCCGUCCAACUUGAUGUUGGACCGGUUGAGCGGGAAGAUCCUGCACAUCGACUUCGGAGAUUGUUUUGAAGUGGCCAUGACCAGAGAGAAGUUCCCUGAAAAGAUCCCGUUCCGACUGACGAGGAUGCUGACCAACGCCAUGGAGGUGACGGGCUUGGACGGGAACUACAGGAUCACGUGUCACACGGUGAUGGAGGUGCUGAGGGAGCACAGGGACAGCGUCAUGGCGGUGCUGGAGGCCUUCGUCUACGACCCCCUGCUCAACUGGAGGCUCAUGGACACACUCACAGCGAACACCAAGGGAACCAAGCGGUCCAGGACCAGGACGGACUCGUACACGGCGGGGCAGUCCGUGGAAGCUCUGGAGGGGAUAGACCUGGGAGAGACCACGCACAAGAAACCGGGGACCACAGUGCCUGAAUCCAUCCACUCUUUCAUUGGAGAUGGUUUGGUGCAGCCAGAAGCUCUCAACAAGAAAGCUAUCCAGAUCAUCAACAGAGUUCGGGACAAACUCACAGGUCAAGACUUUUCUCACGGCGAGACGCUGGACGUGCCAACGCAAGUGGAGCUCCUCAUCAAGCAAGCUACGUCCCACGAAAACCUGUGCCAGUGCUACAUCGGAUGGUGCCCGUUCUGGUGAAGAGCAGCUUCUUCCAGCCAAGACCACACCUGAAAUCCUUUGUGUCCGACGAACCCAGAAGGAGCACUCAACUCAAAUAUGAAUGCACUGUAAACUGUCCUCAAGCCACGACGCAGAACCCUGAGAGGAUUCUCGCCGCCUCCAUUUUUGUUGCGACUCUUUCCCCUCCGAAGAGCUAACGAGCCGACUUUCUACAUGAUCAUCAUUUAAUGCUGGAAGCCCUACGGUGACAUUUUUAGCACCUUAUCUACCCGCUAAAAGCUUUCUGUAGUGGCCAUAUUGUCAUAACUUAAGACAUUUAUUACUUCAAGCACACUAUAUGCUUCUUACAGACAUGUUUGUUGCAUCAUCGCGUGUGAAUAGGACACCUUUCAGAUACAUCGUUUGCCCUUUAUUAACCUAAACAUAUUUUAAUAACUGAUCGUGACCAGAAAUCACCAACGAGUUCAUGUGAGAUGAUCAUGGGAGUGGGGGGGGGGUGUGUGUGUGUGCCAUUAAAUCCUGUACAGAUCUAACCGUGA